AUGGCACUGCCAAGAAAGCCUAACAUGUUUGAUCUGGGCCUGGGCACGUGGAGCCUUAGCUCCCAGGAGGAGAGCCAGAGGGCGCAGGGACCCCCCAAGGGUGUCAGCAAGCAGCUGCCUGAGUACAAGGCGGUAGUGGUGGGCGCGAGUGGCGUGGGGAAGAGUGCGCUCACCAUCCAGCUGAACCACCAGUGCUUCGUGGAAGACCACGACCCCACGAUCCAGGAUUCCUACUGGAAGGAGGUGGCCCUGGGCCACGGGGGCUGCAUUCUGAAUGUCCUGGACACGGCAGGGCAGGCCACCCAUAGGGCCCUGCGUGACCAGUGUGUGGCGAUCGGGGAUGGUGUGCUGGGGGUCUUCGCCCUGGAUGACCCCUCGUCUUUAACCCAGCUGCAGCAGAUGCGGGCCACCUGGGGCCCUCACCACACCCAGCCCCUGGUCCUUGUGGGCAACAAGUGUGACCUUGUGACCACCACCGGAGACGCUCGUGCGGCCGCUGCAGCCCUUGCAAAGAGCUGGGGAGCCCCCUUCGUGGAGACCUCAGCCAAGACGCGGCAAGGUGUAGAGGAGGCCUUCACCCUGCUCAUCCAUGAGAUCCAAAAGGUCCGGGAGGCCAUGGCAAAAGAGGCCGUGGCAGGGCCAGGUGGGGAGAAGGGCCGACACGAGAAGGCCAUGUGCCGCUGCGGCUGCUCCGUGGCCUAA